GCGAUGGGCGUGGCCUCGGCGGGGCUGCCCUCGCCGAGGCCUGUUCGCACGCGCGGCCCGGCGGCCAACGCGAUGACGCGGGACGGCGCGAUUCCAGGCGAGGCCGACGCCGCGGGGGCCCGCGAGGGCCCCAUGUCGCUGCUGGAGCUGCCCGACGACAUCGUGUUCCUCCUGCUCUCCUACCUGGACGCGCGCUCGCUCGGCCGCGUGGCGCAGGCGAGCGGGAAGCUGAGGCGCCUGUGCGGCCGCGACUGCGUGUGGAGGCGCGUGGCGCGCAUGUCCAUCAACACGGGCAUCACGCACGACGGCACGGACCGGUGCGUGCGCAUGCCGCUGAAGGAGAGAGUCCGAGUCUCCCAGAACUGGCGGCGAGGUCGGUGCCAGCGCGAGUCCCUGCUGCGUUGGCGGCACAACCUGCUACCCUGGCUGCAGCUGGAGGAGGGCGGCGCGGCGCUGUUCGUGUCGCAGGCCGAGGAGGUGCUCGCCCUGCGGCUGCACGCACGUCGCGGCGCCGGCGGGCGCCCCGACCGCCGGCCCGUGCGCCUCUACCGCGGCCACCGCGACGACGUCUGCCAGUUCGUCAUCAACAGGGGACACCUCGUUAGUGGCGGCAGUGACGGGCGCAUCGUGGUGCAGCCGCUGUGCGGGGCCCACCACUUUGCGGUGGCCGCACACGAGGAGCAGGUGAACUGCAUCGACAGCGGCAGGGACGUGAUCGUGAGCGGCUCGCGCGACAAGACGGCCAAGGUGUGGUCUCUGCUGAACGACCGGAGCAGCGAGUGUUUGCACACCAUCGACACGCAGGACCGCGUGUGGUCAGUGGCCAUCAGCCCCGCACACAGCGAUCUUCGUGCUGAUGGCGUUGAUGCUCUUGCUGACGGUAUUGAUGUUCGUGGUGAUGGUGGUGCUGAUGGGCGAGCGAUCUCGUUCGUGACGGGCACGGCCUGCUGCGGACACCACGCGCCCCUCCGCAUCUGGGACCUGCAAAGAGGGGAUCUGCUGGGCUCCCUGGGCUCGGAGUUCCGACACGGCGCCGGGGUCCUCGGGGUCCAGUUUGAGACCCCCUCCGUGCUGCUGUCGUGUGGCCACGACACCUUCCUGCGCCUGUGGGACACGCGCUGCAGCAUGAGGCAGUGUGUGCGCGAGUGGGAAGAGCCGCACGACAGCGCCCUCUACUGCCUGCAGGCCGACGGCAACCACAUGGUGGCGAGCGGCUCGGCACACUACGGAGUCGUGCGCCUCUGGGACAAGCGCCACCACCGCUGCCUGCAGACCUUCAACCUGGCGUCUCCUGUGAGCAGCCCCGUGUACAGCCUCCGCUUCAGCACGCGCUGCCUGUACGUGGCCGUCGCCACGCAGGUGUGCGUGCUGGACUUCACCUGACAACACCUGGAACACCUGGACACGACACUGGGCCCCCGCACCUGCAUCUGAGUUGCCGAAGCUCCUCGGUGCCGAUGCCUUAACACCGAGGAGUCGCGUGGAAAUUCGUCGCAAAUUGGUGUCCCGGCGCCCCCUGCCGGCUCUCCCUUCUCUCCCUCUCAUCCUGACUCCCUCCGCGCCUCUCCUGUCUCUCACUCUCCCUGCCAGCUCUGAUCUCCCCGUCCCCCCAUCUCCCUGCUUCUCCCUGCUUUCUUCCACCUCCCUGCCUCUCCAGUCUCCUCCCUGGUCCGCUCUCCCUGCCCCCUCUUGUCUCUUUGCCUCUCAUUCUGUCGCUUUCCCAGCCUCACCUCUAUCAAUCUCUGCUGGUUCUCACCUCCCUUGCCCACCUCUCUCCCUGCCUGCUCCCUCUACUCUGUUCGUCUCGCCCUGCCUCUGCUUCCCUCCCCCCCACCUCUCCUUGCUCCCCUCGCUUCGGUGGUGGUGGCAGGGGAAAUAUUGGGGCUGUUAUUUGAUUCUCGGACGCCUUGGCGGGACGGUGUCUCCUGUCCAUGUCUUCCCGGUGUGUUCAUGUCUCCAUUACCCCCUCCUCUCUCUGUCUGUCUCCUUGCCUCUGUGUGUCUCCCAGUCUCUCCCCGUGUCUCCCCAUAUCUGCCGUGCCCCUGCUCCUGCCUCCCAGGGUGCGUGACCCCGCGUAGCGUCUUGACUGGAACUGCAUGCAUGGGGGGGGGGGGCCGGUCACAGUAGGGGGCU